UGGGGAGCUGGGGAGCGAGCCGAGGGGUCGGGAGGGAAAUCCCAAGAUGAGGAAGUGUGUUGGAGGAGCCAGAGCGGCCGGGAGAAGCGGACGGAGAUGGAGCCUGCGCGCCCCGGCAGUGCCUGGGCCCCGGAGAGGCGCGAGACUGGAAGAAAUGGGAGUCGCGAAAAGAAGCUUGGAGAAGCUGGGGGACCGAGAGACGGGGAGGUUGAGAGAGGACGGAAGCCGGAAACUGGAGAAAUGGCGGCGGGGGGGGGGGGCGCGAGGAGCUGAUGGGGUCCCCCAGAGCGCCUCGCGGAGACUGCAGAGAAAAUGUGGUGGCACCGUGAACUUGGGGGGGGGGGAAGAGUAGGAAGAUGGGCGUGGAAAUUGGCGAACAGAGGCUCAGGAGGCGGGCAGUUCCCACGGAGGAGCAAGACACUGGUUGGCCUUCAAAAUAAAAGUUAUCUUAGCAGCCAAGGUGCGCAGGGCCUGGAAGACCCAGAAUGGACUUGUGUCUGUCGCACAGAUCGCCGCAGGAGUCGUGAGGUGCCCUGUGUGUCACCAGUUGGACCCGGGGCCCAUUGCCUGUCAUCAUCCUGUGCCACAGUGAGGAGCAAAAUUGGCUUUUUGAAGAGAAGGUGGUUCCUCCUCGCGGGCACUGGGCUCUCACUGCAGCUUUGAGACCGCGUCGCGACUGCCCACCACAUGCCUCCUCCCAGAACGAAGGAGGGCGGGGAUGACCGAGGCCGACACUGGGAUCCCAGUGAGGAGGACGCCUCUGAGAAAUGGGACUGGAAUUGUCCGGAGACCCGUCGCCUCUUCGAGGACGCCUUUUUCCGUGAUGAGGAUUAUAUACCCCAGGGUUCUGAGGAGCGCAAGAAGUUCUGGACCUUCUUUGAACGCUUACAGAGAUUCCAGAACCUCAAGAGCACCAGGAAGGGGGACAAGGACCCUGGGCGUCCCAAGCACAGCAUCCCGGCGCUGGCCGACCUGCCUCGCGCUUACGACCCCCGUUACCGCAUCAACCUCUCGGUCCGGGGCCCCGACGCCCGGGGCUCUCGGGGGCUGGACAGACAGCCCCCGGAGAGGGUGUCCGAGUUCCGCCGAGCCCUUCUGCACUACCUGGACUUUGGCCAGAAGCAGGCGUUUGGACGACUGGCCAGACUGCAGAGGGAACGGGCGGCCCUCCCCAUCGCCCAGUACGGGACCCGCAUCCUGCAGACACUGAAGGAACACCAGGUGGUGGUGGUGGCGGGUGACACGGGCUGUGGCAAGUCCACCCAGGUGCCCCAGUACCUGCUGGCCGCCGGCUUCAGUCACGUGGCAUGCACCCAGCCCCGGCGUAUCGCCUGCAUCUCCCUGGCCAAGCGCGUCAGCUUCGAGAGCCUCAGUCAGUAUGGCUCACGGGUCGGCUACCAGAUCCGCUUUGAGAGCACACGGACGGCAGCCACCAAGAUCGUGUUCCUGACGGUGGGGCUGCUCCUGAGGCAGAUCCAGCGGGAGCCCCGCCUGCCCCAGUACCAGGUCCUGAUCGUGGACGAAGUCCACGAACGCCACCUGCACAGCGACUUCCUCCUGGGCGUUCUCCGGCGCCUGCUGCCCGAGCGGCCUGACCUCAAGGUCAUCCUCAUGUCGGCCACCAUCAACAUCUCGCUCUUCUCCAGCUACUUCGGCGGGGCCCCCGUGGUGCAGGUGCCCGGGAGGCUGUUCCCCAUCACGGUCGUGUACCAGCCACAGGAGGCCGAGCCGCCGGCGUCCAAGUCGGAGAAGCUGGACCCUCGGCCUUUCCUGAGGGUGCUGGAGGCCAUCGACAAUAAGUAUCCGCCGGAGGAGCGGGGCGACCUCCUGGUCUUCCUGAGCGGCAUGGCGGAGAUCAGCGCGGUGCUGGAGGCGGCCCAGGCCUAUGCCAGCCGCACUCAGCGCUGGGUGGUUCUGCCGCUGCACAGCGCCCUCUCCGUGGCCGACCAGGACAAGGUGUUCGAUGUGGCCCCCCCUGGGGUUCGGAAAUGCAUCCUCUCCACCAACAUCGCUGAGACCUCAGUCACCAUUGAUGGGAUCCGCUUCGUAGUAGAUUCUGGGAAGGUGAAGGAGAUGGGCUACGACCCACAGGCCAAGUUGCAGCGGCUGCAGGAAUUCUGGAUCAGCCAGGCCAGUGCCGAGCAGCGGAAGGGCCGGGCGGGCCGCACGGGCCCCGGCGUCUGCUUCCGCCUCUACGCUGAAUCGGACUACGACGCCUUCGCCCCCUACCCCGUCCCGGAGAUUCGGAGGGUGGCCCUCGACGCGCUGGUGCUGCAGAUGAAAAGCAUGUGCGUGGGGGACCCGCGAACCUUCCCCUUCAUCGAGCCUCCGCCACCAGCCAGCCUGGAAACGGCCAUCCUCUACCUCCGGGACCAGGGGGCCCUGGACAGCUCAGAGGCCCUCACCCCUAUCGGCUCUCUGCUGGCCCAGCUUCCGGUGGAUGUGGUGAUCGGGAAGAUGCUGAUCCUUGGUUCCAUGUUCCACCUGGCGGAGCCCGUGCUCACCAUCGCGGCUGCCCUCAGUGUCCAGUCGCCCUUUACCCGCAGCGCCCAGAGCAACCCCGAGGGUGCGGCCGCGCGGCGGCCCCUGGACAGUGACCACGGUGACCCCUUCACGCUCUUCAAUGUCUUCAACACCUGGGUGCAGGUGAAAUCCGAACGGAGCAGGAGCUCACGCAAGUGGUGCCGCCACCGGUGCAUAGAGGAGCAUCGGCUGUACGAGAUGGCCAACGUACGGCGCCAGUUCAAGGAGCUGCUGGAGGACCACGGGCUACUGGCCAGGGCCCGGGCCCCGAAGCCGGGGGACAGCUACAGCCGGCCGCGGCAGCGCCGGGAGCGCCGGGCACUGUACCGGCUGAAGCGCCGGCACGAGGAGGGCGGGGGACACAGGCGCAAGGUGCUGCGGCUGCAGGAGGACCCGGGCGGCUGCUCCAGCGAAGAGGACCCGGGGGCCGGCGACAGCGUGGACAUCCAGGAUGUGAAGUUUAAGCUGCGGCACAGCCUGGAUCAGCUGCAGGCGGCCUCGGCCCAGGACCUGACGCGGGACCAGGUGGCCCUGCUCAAGCUGGUGCUGGGCCGGGGCCUCUACCCCCAGCUUGCGGUCCCGGACCCGUUCAACAGCAGCCGCAAGGACUCGGACCAGAUUUUCCACACCCAGUCCAAGCAGGGCACCGUGCCGCACCCCACUUCCGUCUUUGCCAGCAGUCCGGAGGUUCUGCACGCGCAGGAGCAAGAGGCCGGGGGCGGUGAAGGGAGCCGAGACGACAAGGACAAGCUGAGCAGCAGGCACCAGCUCCUCACCUUCGUCUCCCUGCUGGAGACCAACAAGGCCUACCUGGUGAACUGCGUCCGCAUCCCCGCGCUCCAGUCUCUCUUGCUGUUCAGCCGGUCCCUGGACACCAACGGUGACUGCUCGCGCCUGGUGGCUGACGGCUGGCUGGAGCUCCAGCUUGCGGACAGUGAGAGUGCCGUCCGGCUUCUGGCGGCUUCCGUGCGGCUCCGUGCCCGCUGGGAAAGUGCCCUGGACCGGCAGCUGGCGCGUCAGGCCCAGCAGCGGCGGCCGGAGGUGGACCAAGAAGAGGAGGAGGAGGAGGAUCCGGUCGCCCGCAAGGAGGUGGCCGACCUGAGCAGGGAGCUGCUGAAGUUCACGGCCUCCAAGGUACCUGCCCCGCCCACCCCCGGGUGGCCACGCCCCACCUUGGCCAGAGGGGUGCCCGCCGCAGGGAUCCGGAGUCCAGAAGGCCUGGCUUCUAGCUCGCCAAGGGGUCGCACAUUUGCGGGUUUCCAAACCAGACAAGUUGAGGACGAGCCCAAGGUCACACAGCUGGUCCCCUACAGCCUCCGGCGGCUCACGGGGCUGGAAGUCCAGAACCUCUAUGUGGGACCCCAGACCAUCACAGCCAUGCCCAGUCUUCCUGGCCUCUUUGGUAGCUCUGCCUUGUCCCCUCACCCCACCAAAGGGGGCUACGCAGUCACUGACUUCCUCACCUACAACUGCCUCACGAGCGACACGGACCUGUACAGCGACUGUCUCCGCACCUUCUGGACCUGCCCCCACUGCGGCCUGCACGUGCCCCUGACGCCCUUGGAGCGCAUUGCGCACGAGAACACUUGCCCCGAAGCCCCACAGGACGGUCCCCCAGGGGCUGAGGAGGCCGCCCCCGAGCCCCUCCAGAAGGCGUCCGUCCUGCAGAAGCCCUACCACUGCGCGGCCUGCCAGAAGGACUUCCUGUUCACACCCACGGAGGUUCUGCGGCACCGGCGGCAGCACGUGUGAGCCUGGGGCCCCAGGGACCCUGGGACUCCCGCCCGAACCCGCGGCCUCGGCUCCGAGCCACAGGGUCUGGCCCAGCCCGGCCAGGAGGGGUGCGCAUACGUGAAUAAAGUCUCCUGUGCUGACUCUGA